AUGGCCAAGAACAUCAGAUACCAGCUGCUUUCGCUCCCCACCACCAUUGUUCCGUCCCACCACCACGAUGACGCCCUGGAGACCAUCUCGUCGACCGUGGGCCCCGACGGCGCAGUCUCCUCGUUCCCGAUCCCCGAGUUUAAGAUAGGAACGUUAGACGCCCUCGUGCAGCAGGCGGAGGAGCUGGGAAAGCUGGAGAGCGUGUGCCAGGCCGUCGUCGGCAAGGUGGGCGAUGCGCUCAAGGGCAUCCUCGACGGCGACGAGGACCAGAUACAGCGGAUGAAGACGGUGAAUGACAAACCCGUUGACCAGUAUUUGCGAACGUUUCAAUGGAAUAAAGUCAAGUAUCGUGCGGAUAGGUCGAUUGGCGAGUUGAUUGAUUUGCUGCACAAGGAAGCUGCUAGUAUUGACAGCGAUAUCCGAACCAAAUACUCCCAGUACAAUCAGAUCAAAAAUACGUUGGCGGGACUACAGCGAAAGCAGACUGGAAACCUAUCGACAAAAUCACUGGCCUCCAUUGUCGACCCGCGACAACUUGUCCACGAAUCCGAAUAUCUAGAAUCACACCUGCUAGCAAUCCCAGCCCAGCAAGUGAAAGAAUUCUUCAAGAUCUACGAGACGGUAGCACCCAUGGUUGUCCCACGGUCUGCGAACCUGGUCGCUUCCGACAACGAGUUCAGCCUUUUUGCCGUGACGACGUUCAAGAAGCACAGCCAAGAGUUUGUGCACAAAGCGCGAGAGCACAAGUGGAUACCGCGAGACUUUAAAUACUCCGAGGGCGGCCGCGAGGCAGAAGCCAAGGAAGUCGAGCGAGUUGGAGGCGACGAACGCAAGUUGUGGGGGGAGACUCUGCGGCUUGGUCGCACUGGCUGGAGCGAGGCCGUCAUGGUGUGGAUUCAUGUUCUUGUUCUGAGGGUCUUUGUCGAGACUGUCCUGCGGUAUGGACUGCCUUUGGACUUUGUGUCUGCUAUUGUUCGGGGAACAUCGAAAGGCGCUGAGCGCGCAAAGAGAAACUUGGACGAGAAAUACAACUACCUCGCUGGCAAUGCCUUUGGCCGUGACAAGAAAGGCCGGGUCAAAAAGGAUGAUCCCAACGAUAUGCAAGCGGCCGGAGAGGGCGCAGGAGCGGAAUACACGGCGUACGUGUACUAUGAAUUUGAGUUCGAGUGA